CAUGCAUAUUUUCUCAAAAUGGCUGAACUGUAAAGACGUCUAUUCCUACUAUUUCGUUACAAUGGAGCUUACAUACGAAAACCAAAACAAAGAACACGCUACUGAAGAACUAAAAGUGAUUUUGUGCAACGGAAAUUCUCGUGAUUUGUUUCAUUUGGACAAAGAAUUACCCUACAAUUCUGGUGUACCUAUCAUAUUGAAUCGAAAAAUGUGGUUUAGAUUUAUUCACAAUUCUUUUCCUUGUGGUUAUUUUAUUAAUUCUAAAACAAUGUGUUUGUGAAUUAAGAUGGCUUAGCAUCCUCCUACAGACUUAGCGGGAUGUCUAGUGAAAAGUGUUUUAAAAUGAAUAUUUCCGUGUCAGAUUGGUGGAAGCCUAAUCAUUUAAACUACAUUUCAAAAGGUUACUCUCUCGCCGCUUAUUCGACUGAUACCCAGACAGAGUUAGAAGACGAAACCGAAAGCAUGUUAUUUCCAGAAUUGAAAAACAAAACAAACGACUUAAAGGUAAUGGCGGACGCCACCGUCGAAAACGCGGUCAGUAUUCAAAACAGAUCGUAUAAUACAUGGUUUAUGGGUGUAUUCUCAAAUAUGUACAACGCGAUUUCCAAAAAGCUAAUGGGUCGUGCGGAGUCCGUUCCGUACUACGACGUAGUUGAUAAAGAAACUUCGCCCAGUUUUUGGCUAUCAUCCAAAACUGAAAAUAAAAAUAUUGGGGCUCAUGAAACUUGCUACAAAGACUGUUUAGACAUGAAUGAAGACUGUAAGAACACAGUUGCGGCUUGUGAAGACAAACUGAACAAUAUAAGGCAUUUGUUAAGUUCAAAGUCUGUUCCUAUUACCCAAAAACCAAAUACAUGCCGUUCAAGAAGGCCGAAGAAAGUGUUUGUUGAGUCAAGUUCAGUAGAAGACAAUUUUGAAGAUGCAUUUGCUCCAGAAGAUUUUAUUUCCCAUCCAUCUCUUCAGUGUAUAUCAUACAUAAUUCCAAAACAAGUACAUCAUUUAGAGUUUCUAGAAGUAGAUGCACCCAAAAUGAGAGUGGAAAUUGCUCCUGUUAAAGAGAAUACUGAGAUUGUGAGUGAAUUGAAAGAAAAUGAAUUGCAAAAGAAUUGUAAUUUGAAUAAUGAUGAACACAUUAGUGAAUUAACAACAGACAAUAACUUGCCUUCAAAAGAAAAUGAUUUGUUAGAUAAACAACAAACUAUCAUUUCAUGUGAAGAGAAAAUUUUAAAGCUGCAAGCAAUGCUCCAAGAAGGAUGUAAGAAAGACACAGAGCUAAAGUCAAACUCUUCCGAUUCUUACAUAGAACCGGCUACAGUACAAUCUGCUGAACAACCGAAGAAACCACCUAAACCAUCUGCAAAUAAAUCAAAGGAUAAGAAUUAUAAAAAUUCAAAUAGACUGACCACGGAAAGACGGAAGAAAUCUGCAUUAACAAGAACCAUACGAGACAAAUUGUUUAAUGAAGACAAUGAGAAUGAUGAUGUAUCCAGUUUAGAAAAUUCUCCAAGAAUUCUGCAUAAUAUCUGCAAAAAAGAGAACAUGAGUUCUUCAGUUGAGUCUGAAGAUUACUUUGAUGAGAUUACUGGACGUUUCCAUUCUAAUUCAGGAGCAGAAAGUGAUGAUUCAUUCCAAGUAGUGUUCACUGAUAGUCCACAGAGGAAGCAUAACUGGAGACCAUCUGAUUGUGAGUCCGAGGAUUCUUUUAUCCUCUUUGAAGAAUCUCCUGAUAGCUGUUAUACAUCAAAUGAUGUAUUUGGAGAUGAGACUGAAGAUUCUGAUGCUGAUGUUACUGAAUCUGAAUCUGAGGAGAGUGAUUCAGGCUGUGAUCAUCUGGAUGAGCUAAGAAUGUCACAUUCCAUGUCAAAAUCUGUUGGAGAUCUAACAGAUAAUAAUUUGUAUGUUGACGAAACAUUAGUUGACGAAGUGGACUGUGCUGUGAGGAUAUGUGAAGAAAUCUCUAGUCAAAACAUAGCAGAAGUGUGUGAAUUAAGUGUGAUUGAAAAUAAAUCUACAGGACUUCUUCUUGAUGAGCACAAGAAGUUGCUGAGGAAGAAUCAACCACCUAAAAAGGUCCACUUCUCAGAAAAACCACCCAAGGUCUUCGUUAUGAGGGUUUGGGCAUUCGCAGCUCGGCUAGCUCGUCCAGGUCACUGGGAAAGAUUCGCAAUAGACCGGGAGAGGUUUAAAAGAAGGAUCGCAGAUGCUGACAUGGCGUUAUCAUGGGUCCUUAAGCCCCAACACCGUUCUAGAGUAAUGUUCCAACGGUUUAUGCCGUGGUGGAACAAGCAAAAGAGAUUGGAAGCGGCAGAAAAGAAGCAGAGAGAAGAAGAAGAGAAAAGGAAGCAGAAGGAGGAGGAGGAACAAAGAAAGAAAACGGAGGAAGAAAAUGGGCCUAUAGAAGAUUUAAGUUUGAGUAAGGAAGUGGAAAUUACAGGUAGUAGUAUAAUUGAAAUAUCUAAUGAAGAUUUGAAAUGCAUGCAAAUUAUAACAGAUAGUAAGUUAGUCGAAACCAGUAAAGUAGAUAAAACUCCUGUUACAUGACAUGUUGAUUGAUUGUGAAUGGUAAUGGGGAUAACAUUACUACAGAAAAUUAAAAGGGUUGUAUUUUUGGCAGUUUAUGUUAGUAUGCCCUUUUGUUUUCGUAACUAUUAACAGGAAGUAUUAGGCCUUUUUUUAAGUCUCCAGAUAUCAUAUAUAUGACGCCAUGGCGUGGUCGUGGUGGUAAUAUAAUUAUAAGUGUUAAUAUUGAAGUCUGACAACAAUUCUGGAAUUAUUCAAAAAUUCUCUUUUUCUUUUUCCCUAAAACAGUAAAAUAUGUUGCACAUUAUAACCUUUAUAAUUUGGUAUGUCAUUCAUUUUUUGCUUUGUAAGCAUUUAAAUAUGUUUACACCAUUAAGUUUUAAAAUUUUAGUAUUUCAAUUUAAUGUCUAUUCAGUAUUUUUAUUCACUAUUACUUUUAAUCACUAUUGGUAAAUUCUGAUGUUGCCAGUCUUAUGUUAUUUACCCCUCAAGGGGACAUGACAGUCACAAAAACUGACUGUUAAAUUUCAAAGUCAAAUAAUUUGUAAGUUUAAUUAAAUAUUUAUAUGACAAUGAUACAUAUGAAACAUAGUCCUCUUCCAAUAGUUUUUAUAUUAAUUACAGCUUGGAUACAGAUUUUGAAGGAGACUUUGACGAUGAGAGUAUUUUUUUUUCUAAUUCCAACUUUGAAAACUUAAUAACCUAAACCUUUUAAUAUUUUGUUGAACUUCCACAAACUAAUAUCCGACUUAAUGGACCAAUAUUAAAAAAAAAAAAAACACUUGAAAUAUUUCUGAGCGGAUUCUGGAAUAAAAAACGGUUAUUACAAUAUUUACAGCAAUAAAAAAAAAAUACGAAGUAAAUUUUGUCUUUGUAACUACUGUAAAAAAUAUGAUUUUUUCACACGCAUUUAGUAUAUAAUUUUACAGUAACUAUUUUAUUUAACAAUUCAUCAUAAUCAAUAAAAAAAAAAGAUAUAAAAUGCAGGCUUAAUACUCUUUGUUAAUUAUUCAGUAGAUUAAACAUAGUUAAAGAACCACAAAAUUUAACUGACUGCGUUUUAUGAUUGUGACAAUCAUCAAGAUAACAUACAGACCGCUCCUUUGCGGUUAUUGGUAUUAUAUGAGAGCUGCAGUUACCUAUAAUUAAAAGGUAAUGAUGGAAAAAAUAUAUAUUAAAAACUUAAAAUGUUACACGUGUGUUCAGAAUAUGCUGUAAUUUAACACCUACCUAAAAGUAAAAAAGAAGUCUCAUCCAUGAAUUAAAAAAAUAACAGUUGUGAUUUUGUUGUCUUUGGUCGUUAGUCGAUGUAAAAAGGAUUUUCAAAGGAGGAUGCUAAGUGCCUAAUUAGACUGAUAAUAAUUAAGAAAUAGUAAUAUCAACGUACCUAAUGACAUAUGACAUUUUAUAUGAAUUUUUCAUACACCUAAGUGUGAAAAAAAAAUGUAUUACAAUAUUUAUAACCAUAUUUGUAAUACGGUUGUCAAUAGUUAUAAUAAAACUAAAUUACAUCUAUUUAUGUGCUCAAGUCUAUAAAUUCUUUUUUCUUGAAUAUAUAUCCACGAAUAUUCGUUUGUAUAUAAAAUGUCAUAUGUCCAUAAACAUACUUUUGCACUCUUAAUUAGACCGGGGGUCAUUUUGGUUCUUACGGCUCUUUAUAAAUAAAGAUGACGUAUAAAAGUCUUGUUACAAAUAUUUUUUAAACUAAAAUCAGUUCCUCACUUUCGAAUGUAAUAUUGCCAAAUUGAACUGAAAUGACUUCCAACUCAAACUGAUGAUAUUAAAAUUAAUUUUAGUGACUAAUUAUAGAAAUAAUAGUCUCGAUAAAUAUUAUUUCUUUCUUUUUUAUUGUAAAAAUAUUUCCAUACUUCUAAUAGUGUUCUUUUAAAUGUAUAAAUUUUAUAUUGUGUAAAUACAACUUGAAUAAUCUGUCAUAAUUAUAAAGCUUUGUGUAUACUCCUAAAAAAAUAUAAAAAAAAUUGUCCGUUCAAUAUAAUGUUUUUAUAUACGGUGACGGCAAUUUGUUACGAAAAAAAUUAAAUGGAAAUAAAAUAAUAGUUGUGAAAAUCGUAUAUAUUAUACCAGUAUAACGUUUUUUGUAACGUUAUUUUUAUCAUUGCACAUGAUUACAGAUAGGAUGAAAUAAGCAGUUGCCAAAUCAUCAGCUGUGAAAGUGUUCAUUAAACUUUAUAUGUUAUUGUGAUAAAAUUUAAAAAUGUCAAGUAAAUGACAGUUGUAGAGGAUCCAUAACUAUUGUACCUUUAGAAUUAUAUUUUUAGGUUAUAACGGUCACUUAAAUCAAUUAUAAGUAAAUGAUGAAACUUUCGUUUUUAAUUCGCAUAUAGUUUUCUUUGGUAAUUAAUUAAAAAAAAAAAAACUGUAAUGUUUUAUAUUUACAACAUUGGGAACGAUUCUAAAACGCCAUUUUUUUAAACAUAUAACUUAAUAUUUUAAUUUGAUAGUUUCAAGAAUUAUCUUUUUUGAAUUUAAUAUAUAAACCAUAUGUAUAAACCCUUUAUACUAAAUUUAUAGUAUAUUUGAUUUAAAUAUAUUAAAAAUUUAGUUCAUAUUGAAUUAGAAUAACGAUUUCAUUGUAAUAUUAAAUUAAAAUUUUAAUUUAAGAGGUUUAGAGAAAUGAAUCCUCAGAAUCGACCCCAUUAAUAAAGUCAAACUUAAAUAAGAUAUAAACAAUAAAUUAGAAAAAAUUGCUGAAACCGUAACUUAUGAUCAUUGUUUAUUUUAUUGUGUUAAAAUUCUAUUUUACUGUUUAAAUUCUGUUUUGUUUUUUUAAUUCAAUUAAAUUUGAACUGUUUCAUUAUUUAGUUUCUAAUAUUGAUUUUUUUUCUACCAAAGUCAAUGGAAGGUAUCUCUAAAAUUGUAAGUAUGUAUAAAUGUUAUGUACAAAUUCGUCGUAAAUAAUCAUACUUUCAUUGUAAACUUCAUGACUUUCUGUAGACGUCCGUUAUUAUUAGAAUUAAUAUACCCUGUCUCAAAUACGACAGUAUGGCUGAUACAUCACAAAAGACAAAUUUUAAGACUAAUCUUUAAUAUAUAUCUAAUAAACACAAAAUCAUAUUUAAAAGAGAUCUGUGUCACGUGUUUUUUUCAUACUGUCAUAUUUGAUAUGGAGAUUAUCUUUUAGCACUUCAACUAUGUUUUCCAUGUGUUCGAUGAAAUAUUUUGUAAAUAUUUUAUAGACAUGACAAAAUUCAACAUGUGUUGAAAUUUUUUUAAUACUAAUUUAUUAGAGUAAUCCAAGGACCUUUUCAUUUUAGAGAAGAGAAGCAUUUCAUAUAUUUUUUUUAAAUAGGUAUGAUGCUAUCACAAUAUUCCUUGAUUUUGUCAAAUAU